GCCGGACGGACAUCAUGAUGAAGCACAAGCUGGGCGGCGGGCAGUACGGCGAGGUAUACGAGGCCGUUUGGAAGCGCUACGGCAACACGGUGGCCGUUAAAACGCUCAAGGAGGACACGAUGGCACUGAAGGACUUCCUCGAAGAGGCGGCCAUCAUGAAGGAGAUGAAGCACCCCAAUCUGGUGCAGCUCAUAGGUGUUUGCACCCGUGAACCGCCCUUCUACAUCAUCACCGAGUUCAUGUCGCACGGCAAUCUGCUGGACUUUCUGCGCUCCGCCGGCCGCGAGACGCUCGAUGCCGUGGCGCUGCUCUACAUGGCCACGCAGAUAGCCUCGGGAAUGAGCUACCUGGAGUCGCGCAACUACAUCCACCGCGAUCUGGCCGCCCGCAACUGCCUGGUGGGCGACAACAAGCUGGUCAAGGUGGCGGACUUUGGGCUGGCGCGUCUGAUGCGCGACGAUACGUAUACGGCGCAUGCGGGGGCCAAGUUCCCGAUCAAGUGGACGGCACCGGAGGGACUGGCGUACAACAAGUUCAGCACCAAGUCGGACGUGUGGGCCUUCGGGGUGCUGCUGUGGGAGAUAGCCACGUACGGGAUGUCACCGUAUCCGGGCAUCGACCUGACCGACGUGUACCACAAGCUGGAGAAGGGCUAUCGCAUGGAGCGGCCCCCCGGCUGUCCGCCGGAGGUGUACGACCUGAUGCGCCAGUGCUGGCAGUGGGAUGCCGCCGACAGGCCCACGUUCAAGAGCAUACACCAUGCGCUGGAGCACAUGUUUCAGGAAUCGUCCAUCACCGAAGCGGUCGAGAAGCAGCUGAACGCCAACGCCACCGCCACCAGCGCGAGCAGCUCCGCUCCGAGCACAUCGGGCGUGGCCACCGGCGGAGGAGCCAGCACAACCACAACGACGGCGGCCAGCGGUUGCGCUUCCUCAUCCUCGGCCACCGCCUCGCUCAGCCUCACACCGCAGAUGGUGAAGAAGGGUCUGCCCGGCGGCCAGACCCUCACGCCGAAUGCCCACCACAACGAUCCGCACCAGCAGCAGGCCAGCACGCCCAUGUCAGAAACCGGCUCCACCUCCACCAAGCUGAGCACCUUCUCCAGCCAGGGCAAGGGCAACGUCCAGAUGCGUCGCACCACCAACAAGCAGGGCAAGCAGGCGCCCGCACCACCGAAGCGAACCAGCCUGCUCUCGAGCAGUCGCGACUCCACUUAUCGCGAGGAGGAUCCUGCCACCGCCCGAGGCAUUUUCAUCGACGACCUCAGCACGAAUGGUUUGGCCCGCGACAUCAACAGUUUGACGCAGCGCUACGACUCGGAAACGGAUCCCACAGCCGACCCGGACACAGAUGCCACGGGCGAUAGUUUGGAGCAGAGUCUCAGCCAGGUGAUUGCCGCUCCUGCCACCAACAAGAUGCAGCAGUCUCUCCACGGCGGAGGAGGCAUUGGUCCUCGUUCCUCGCAGCAGCACAGCUCGUUCAAGCGGCCAACUGGGACGCCCGUGAUGGGCAAUCGCGGUCUGGAGACCCGCCAAAGCAAGCGUUCCCAGCAGCAUCCACAGGCUGUGGCACCGGCUCCUCCACCAGCUCAACCGCAUCAUGGCAACAACGGAGUGGUGACCACCGCAGCUCAUCCAAUCACCGUGGGCGCCCUGGAGGUGAUGAAUGUCAAGCGGGUGGUGAAUCGCUACGGCACUCUGCCCAAGGUGGCACGAAUCGGUGCCUAUUUGGAUAGUCUGGAGGAUAGUAGUGAUGCUGCUCCACCCGCCACUCCUCCUGCUCCGCCAGCAGCCAAUGGACACGGCACUCCGCCGGCUACUAGGAUGCAAAAUCCGAAGGCCAGCCCCCUUCCGCCGCAGCAGAUGAUCCGGAGCAACUCAUCCGGUGGAGUGACCAUGCAGAACAAUGCGGCUGCCAGUUUGAAUAAGCUGCAGCGUCAUCGCACCACCACCGAGGGCACCAUGAUGACGUUCUCCUCCUUCCGAGCGGGCAAUUCGAGUAGCUCACCCAAGCGCAGUGGCUCCGGAGUGUCGGCAGUGGGAGUUCAGCCUGCUCUGGCCAAUCUAGAGUUUCCGCCGCCGCCGCUGGAUUUGCCACCGCCACCGGAGGAGUUCGAGGGAGCACCACCACCCCCGCCGCCGGCGCCCGAGAGCGCUGUGCAGGCCAUCCAGCAGCAUCUGCAUGCCCAGCUGCCGAACAAUGGCAAUGUGAGCAAUGGCAACGGAACGAACAACAACGACAGCAGCCACAACGAUGUGAGCAACAUUGCGCCCAGCGUGGAGGAGGCGAGCUCAAGGUUUGGAGUGUCCCUGCGGAAGCGUGAGCCCUCCACCGACUCCUGCAGCUCGCUGGGCAGUCCACCGGGAGAGGCCGAUCUCAAGGAGAAGCUGAUCACCGAGAUCAAGGGUGCUCCUCCGGCUCCCCUAGCAAACCUAGCAAAUGGCUCGGGGAUGGCGGCUGUGGAUCCCGUAUCCCUGCUCGUCACUGAGCUGGCCGAGAGCAUGAAUCUGCCGAAGCAGAAGCUGACCAACGGCAAUGGUUCGGGAUUCAAGGCUCAGCUGAAGAAAGUCGAGCCCAAGAAGAUGAGCCCGCCGAUGGCCAAGGCAGAGCCGGCCAAUACCAUCAUUGACUUCAAGGCCCAUCUGCGUCGGGUGGACAAGGAAAAGGAGCCGGCAGCUCCGGCAGCAUCACCAUCAACCAAUGCCAAUUGCAAUACUACGGGAACCCUUAAUCGGAAGGCCAUGCAAAAGACUGAAAUCAAAAUCGAUGUGACCAACUCGAAUGUGGAGAAAUGUGGAGACGAGACGGGAGCAGCGGGCGAGGGCGGCGAUCUCGGCAAGCGACGGAGCACAGGUAGUAUUAAUAGCUUAAAGAAACUGUGGGAGCAGCAGCCGCCGGCGCCGGACUAUGCAAGUAGCUCGAUUCUCCAGCAGCAACAGCAGCCGACGACGGUGGUGAAUGGCGGCCAACUGUCGCCCAAGUAUGGGUUGGGGAAAUCGGCAGCCAAGCCGGGCAAUAAGCCACCACCGGCAGCCCCACCACCACCGCCCCCGAACUGCACCACCACCUCCAACUCCUCCACCACCACAUCCACUAGCACCUCUAGUAGAGAUUGCACUGUCAGCAGGCAGCAGGCCAUAAAAACCUCUCAUUCAACGCAACUCUUCACAGAUGACGAGGAGCAGCAGCAGCAGCCGGAGGGUCAAGGAUCGGUGGGCCAGGCGGACAUGACCCAGUCGCUGUACGAGCAGAAGCCGCAGAUCCAGCAGAAGCCAGCGGUGCCGCACAAGCCCACCAAGCUGACCAUCUAUGCGACGCCCAUAGCGAAAUUAGCUGAUCCUGCCACUUCAGGAUCCGCUAGCUCCACGCAGAUUUCGCGGGAGAGCAUCCUCGAGUUGGUGGGACUGCUGGAGGGAUCACUCAAGCACCCUGUCAACGCCAUCGCUGGAUCUCAGUGGCUGCAGCUGAGCGACAAGCUCAACAUUCUGCACAAUUCGUGUGUGAUCUUUGCGGAUAAUGGAGCCAUGCCGCCGCACUCGAAGUUCCAGUUCAGGGAGCUGGUCACGCGGGUGGAGGCGCAGUCGCGGCACCUGCGCACCGCCGGCAGCAAGAACGUCCAGGACAACGAACGCCUGGUUUCGGAGGUGGGUCAGUCGCUGCGCCAGAUCUCGAAUGCGCUCAACAGGUAAAUGAUAAGACGGGGGAUGGAUGCGCCCGAUCAACAUCCGGGCAUCUGGCUGGACGCCGAGGGCAACUUCAUCAAGCGCAAGUGACCCCAUCAUCCAACCAAACCAUCCCCCGUGGAAGCGGAAACAGGAAACGGAAACAGGAAAUGAAACUUCAAGCCCAGCGAAGAAGAAGAAGGAAGGAAGGACAACUAGAAUCGGAGGAGGACACCUAUGUAUCGUACUUGGUAGCGUGUAGUAGUAGCUUCUAUUAUAUAUACCCAUAUAUAUCUAGUCAGAUCUGUGCAGAGCCCCGACGAACGCUUCCAGAAAAACAAAAAAAAAAACUAAAUAACUAAAGGCAAGAAAUCAGUAAACAAUGAGUUGCAAAGCAAAUUUGGGUAAGGUCUCGCGGGAGGAGCCUUGUUUUUAAUUGUAAAGUAAGGGAACCCCUCCUCCCACCCACUCAGCCCCUUUCCAACCGCCCCCCCAAAAACCCAAAAACCCUAAAAACCCCCAAACGUAAUCGCGCUUCGUUUGUUUUAUAUAGAAAGACACAAGACAUGGCUUAAGAAUGAAAGGAAAUAUAUUCAUAGAAUAUCUCAAUAAACUUAGUAAUUACAAAUGAAAACGCAAUGCAUAUACACAUAUACAUACAUAUAUUUACAUAUACUAGUCGUAAAAUGUUUUAUUAUACCUAUACAUUUACAUACUUCUACAAGAUAAACAGAUAAAGAUAUUAUAUUAUACAUUUAACGACCAGAAAAACAACACUCCCCUUUUGAGAAAAACGGAAAAGGAAUAGGAACUUGAUACUUCUUCGGAUACUUCUUUCGAUCGUGUGUUUUAAGGCCCGCAGCAUGCAUAUAUGUCUAUGAUCAUGAUCUAUAUGUACUCGGCGUAUCCAUUACGUACACAGUAGCAAAGCCCAAAGAUAUUAUUAUUAACUGAUAACUACAACUACUACUACUCAAAUUGAUAUGUUUAGUGGCAAAGACUAAAUUGAUUUAUGUUUAAUCUAUGUUCGUUCGAGUACGAAGCGCAUCGAAAUGCUUUUAAGACGUAUUACACAACCAAUUGUAAUUAUUAUCUGAUAUUUUCAAGGAUUUUAAACAACUUUUAUACGUAAACAAAAAUAAUAUAAAAAGAAAAAAAGAAAACAAAAACGAAAACCAAAUAAAUUUAUUUCAAAGUAAACGAAUCGAAAGAGUAAGGCGAGGGGCAGCCUGUAAAAAUAUGCAGGGCGGUCAAACCUACAGAUAUAAUUAUAAAUAUUGAUGUGCAUACAAUACAUUGCCUUUCCUUAACCCCACUAGUCCUCUUCUUUGACCCCGAAUCGAAUAAAAUGGGCCAACACAGCUGGCAGGACGAGUGCGACACGUUGCCCAAUAUAUACACAAAUAUAUUUCUGUAACUUCUAUGAUACACCAAGCGCCUGAUAUGCGCUGCAGAAUAAUAUCUAAAACGAAAACGGAUCAAAAACAAAGUACUUCAAUGAGAAAUAAAAACGAUAUUUAAAGAAUUCAAAA